AUGCCUAAACAAUUACAUGGUGAUACUACCACUACCACCGCGGCAGCUGCCGCCACUCCGAUGUCAACUUCCGAUACCGUGAAUAAACUAUCUGGAUUUAAUUUACCAAAUAAAAAAUGGAAUGUACUACGUACCGGUGUUAUUUGGGCGCAACGUUUAAAAUCCGUGAAAGCUACUAAAAGUGAUGGUAAUAUCUCACAUUUGAAUAAUAACAGUGGUAAUCAAAUUAAUAAAGAUUGUGGUGUGCGUGCAAGGCUUACAAAUGAGGAUUACAAAAAUACUACUACCACCAGUAAUAAUAAUAAUAAUAAUAGUAACAAUAAUAAUAAUGUGAACAUAUUUGCUCAUUUAGCACAGCGUGCUGUGUCGAAUACAACAAAAUUAACUGAAAAAGAUUAUGAAUAUACUGAUAAAAAACAAAAACGUGGUGUGAUUAAACAUUGUUCGUCAGCUAAACAGUUGACAAAAUCGUUUCCAUCAUCUACAAGUGUCAACACUCUGAUCAGUAAAUCAAACAGUACUAAUCUAACAAAUGAUCCAUCGAAGAGUCCAAUCUUACACACUUCAAUAUUUCCAUUGUCAUCACAAGAAUAUCGUAAAGAUUUUAAAGGGAUACGAUUUACCUGUGAAGGCAAAGAUGAUUUAAAAUCGAAUAAUCAAAUCAGCAACAUUGCCUUAAUUGGGAAUUCAAAUACUUCUAUUACUACUACUACUAAUAAUAAUAAUACUCCUACAGAUAAUGCUAACCAGCAACAUUUGACUAAUGCACCUUGUAAAAGAAUCAGUUUUAAUUUAAAGGAUAAUAUCAACACUAAAGUAGCAUGUUCGAAUGAUACAUCACCUGAAAAAGUGAUGACUACAUCAAUUUUCAGUGGAAUAUGGCCAAUAAAUCCUUAUUCACCUUUACCGUCACCAGAUAUUUAUCAUUUGGAGGAUGAAUUCGAUGCGGACUCUUUCACUCUGGAUGCAAAAAUAAAAACAUGCAAUGAACAUUUACAAAGACAUGAAAGUUGGCAAAGUCUAGAAUUGGACACACCUCCUGCGUCUUCAGGAACUGGUGAAACCGAUACAACAGUAGCCUCAACAACGAAAGCAAUAACACCAGGCGAUCAAACAACAGGACCCUUAGGUAGUGGUGGUAGUAGUAGUCAAGGUGGACAAGAUAAUGAACAAAUGGAUCUGGCGAGUAGACGUGGUAGAAGAUCUGCCAUAAUUGAUAAUAAAAAUUUGAUUGGGGAAUCAGAAGUUGAUCAUCAGGACAGUCCAGGCAUAUCACAGAGUACGAACAAAACCCUCAGUGAAGUUGGACAAGAACGUCCACCAAUCAUCUCAACAGUGAAUUCCUUCCGUGAACGUCAAAGACGAAUGUUACGAAAACAGAAUACAAUAGCCGAUUUAAGUUGUCGAAAUCAAGUGACCAAUUCUAAUCAAGACUAUGAACUGAAAAGAAGAGCAAAUGUCUUCAUGAAGCUG